AUUAUCAAACAGCAAUGAAGAAAUUCCCACUUGUGGCUCAAACUUUACUUUUCUGGAUUUUCUUCAUCAUACUAAUGAUUGGAAGACGGCUUGAUGCAUCGACUCGCUGGGAUCACAUGAGAUUUAAUGCAGAAGAUACUCACAGACCAGUCGGCAGUUCAACGCACCAGGAGGAAAAAACUGAAGAAGCACUUGGUAUGGAGUUAUACCCUACAGGAUCCAGCCUCCCAGACUGUUCCCAUGCAUGUGGACCAUGUUUUCCGUGCAAAAGGGUGAUGGUGAGCUUCAAAUGCUCUGUUGCAGAGUCAUGUCCCACUGUCUACAGAUGCAUGUGUAAAGGGAAAUAUUAUCACGUACCCUCCAAUUGAGCAUAAAUUCAAUCUGGAGGAGUAUGCAGCAAAGAACAAAGCAAUUAAUGAUU